CUUGACGCAGCGUGACAGAUUAAGGUUAUUUUUCUGUUUAUUAUUUCCAAAAUUACCUAAAGUUUUUUCUCAACAUCGUUAAAUUACAAUUUAUCGCAAGAUUUCUGUUAUAUUUGAAUAUUUGGUUGGUGACCGAAAGCAAAAACAAAAAAUAUUAACACCAAAAAAAGAUGUAUAGUGGGAUGUUACAGCAACUUCUGCCUCUACGAAGUAUGUUAACUACACAACUAGCAAAUUUCCACACCAAAGGAGCUUGUUAUGCGGCUGCCAAGAAGACAACGACGGCAGCUGGAGGUGUGAUGGGUCUGGGAAAGGGUAAGAAGAAAGCUGGCAAACUCACUGCCAUGGAAAAGAAAGAGAUGCCUGUAGAAACAGAUCCCCACAAGCUGGUCAACUACGUAUGUGGCUCCAACAUAUACACGACAGGUGAAGAUGUCAAGAUAAAGCCGGACAGUGAGUACCCAGAGUGGUUGUGGAGCCUCAACACGGGGGCUGCUCCUCGCAUCGAGGACCUAGAUCCGGAGACAAAGCAGUACUGGAUCCGGGUGCGCGCCGCCGGUAUGAGGAGGAACAAUAAACUGCGCAGUCUCAGGAAGUUCUAAGGCCCUUGUUGUCUGUUAGCUGUUCUAAUUAAACUAUUUAUAGCCAAUAAAUAAUAAUAAAACUAUAUGACAAA